AUGACCGAGGUUACAUCCAAGGACACUGCUGAUGUUGGCUCCAUCGAGUCGUCGGUCAAGGACGACAAGCGCGAUGCUGCCAAGGCCGCCGAAAAGCAAGCCGCCGAGGAUGUAGCUGACGAAGACGAGGAUGAUGAGGAGGACGAAGACUUUGUACGUUCCAGCCCCACUUCUCCCCUCAAUCGCUUUGGAACAAUAGCUGACUUUGCAUUCAUGACAGGAGGAGGUGACUACGAGGAGGAAGACGACGAUGAAGUUGCCGGUGGCGAAGAGGAUGACGAUGAAGAGGACGCACAAGACGAUGACGAGGAGGAAGCCGGUGACGACGAUGAGGAGGACGAGGAAGAGGAAGAGGAGGAGGAUGACGCGCAAACCGGCAACAAGAGGAAAGCGGACGACGACGACGACGCAAACGACGACGACUCCAAAGCCCCAAAGACCGACGAAUAA